AUGGAUCCUCCACCACCACCACCGGAAUAUAUGACUUGCCUUGGUGACUUGUACAACGUUGCAUGGAUGGAAGACAGGAUCGAACUCAUCGACAAUCUAAUUUUUGGAUCGGAUGUUGCACCUUUAGUCCUCAAAACCGUGAGGCCAUCUGGUCAGGCUCUGGUUGAUGAUUGGGUCCAAGCAUUCGAGUUGCAUUGUGGAUCGCUCACUCAAUAUGGCAUGAAGUAUAUACGAGCUUUCGCAAACAUAUGUAACGAGGGUGUCUCAAAGGAUGGGAUGGAAGAAGCUUGUGUUGUAUUUGUAUCAUAUGUUUAUUUGCAGAUUUGUACUUGUAGGUAUGAAUAUAGAUGGGCGGAUGGUGUGCAAAUAAAGAAACCUAUUGAAGUCUCAGCGCCAAAGUAUGUUGAGUACCUGAUGGAGUGGAUUGAAGUUCAGCUCGACGAUGAAUCUAUUUUCCCUCAAAAGCUCGGAACACCUUUUCCUGCAAACUUCAAAGACGUCGUGAAGACAAUAUUCAAGCGGUUGUUCCGUGUUUACGCACACAUUUAUCACUCUCAUUUCCAGAAGAUUGUGAGCCUCAAGGAAGAAGCACAUCUCAACACCUGCUUCAAGCAUUUCAUUCUUUUCACUUAUGAGUUUGGGUUGAUCGACAAGAAGGAAAUCGCCCCGCUGCAGGAGCUGAUUGAGUCCAUCGUUCUAUAAGUUUGUUGCUAAUCUAAAGCACUUAAAUGAUCUUUCAGGUAAUCAAUCUUAUUUCACUGCUAAGUUUCUCUCGAGUGGCUUGUAUGUUGAUGAUGCAUUGUUUAUUACACAUAAUUAAUGAGUAAAUAUUAAUAU